CUUACUCGACGGUGUUUAUAGAUCGAUGAGAGUCCGCCGACAGGUCGUUGCAGUGGUUCGAAUAAAAAAAUACAGUAGUAGUCAACUGAUCUCGCGAUUCAUUCGUCGUUUAGUAUUUGCCGGGCUUGGUAGUUACGCGCUUCCUUGAUUCGAUAAAAACGUUACCAAUCGCGUCAUAAGAAUUGUGCUUGGUCUUCCAUUUUUAUAUCGGAAAACGAAAAACUAAUAAAAAAAAAUCGUUGAAAUGUUUCGUCACGCUUCAAUUUUGUUGUUAUGCGCUUUCGUUGGGCUUUCCCACGGAAUGGAUUGCAACUUCGGACAAAGCAAAAAUAUUCUUGAUGAAUAUAUUAAUUCGUGUCCGGGAGUAUUGCAGGAUUCUAGCAAAAGUUAUUGCUGCUACGACAUCUCUAAGGAAAGAGUUUACUGUUGCGAUGCCCAAGAAUUUGCUAUCAAAACUGGCCUCGGCAUCAUCAUACCAGCGGUUAUUGCAGUUGUCGUGGUGGUAAUGUUCAUCAUUUUCUGCAUUUCAUGCUUAUGCUGCAGUUGUUGCCCAUGGUACAGAAGACGUCACCGUGGGACCGUUUAUGGCAAAGUACAGGGACCGAAUGUGAUUCAAGUCAUACAACCGCCUGCGAACGCGGGAAUGCCUCCUCAAGCAAUCCACAACGCUUACGCUUAUCCUGCCAAUCAAAUGGCAAUGCCAAAUCAUGGUCAGGCCCCUCCUCAAUAUACGUCCGAAGCGUAUGUCAAACAAGCGCCGUACAAUCCUAGCUAUGGCCAAUAAUGAAAGCAAGAGCAAAAGAAUAUUCAACCAACGUGAGAGAUCACUAUGCAUUCCGACUCAGACGUAUUUUCAUCGACUCCGGAGUUGACCAUAAGAAAUUUUUUUCUUUUUUUUCAAGUCAUGCAGACAGAGCGAUUAUCGCUAGGAUAGGCCCGGUGAAAAAAUAUUGAUGUGAUUCACUUCUGCCAUACGUGUUUGUUAUUAAGAAUAUUUUUGAACACCAUUUUUAUGAACCAUUGCGAAAGCACUUUCUUCCAUACUGCUCAUUACUGCGGACAUAAUUUUAACGUCGCCCACUUGACUAAUUUUUCUCGUUACUCAACGAACUCUGCCAGACAACUCUUCAACCCAAACGGUUACGCACAACGAAUAAUUGCGAGAACAAUAGUUAUGAAUAAUGUUAAUCGAUCAAAAUUUCGACGUACUCGUUUGUUCAUUUAUCGAACGAUUUUUGUCAAAUCCUAAGGCUAAAUGAAUUCGAGAUUCAGCGCAAUAGUGCAUUAUCGAGAUUCUGAACGGAUAAAUUUUGGGGUUCAGGAUGUAUCGAACACGUUUCAUAUGAGCGACGGAUAUAGGAGCAGAUGGAAAUGUUAAAAGAAAAUAUGAGGAUAAAAACGACAACUAACUGCGUUAAAUAUAUUUUCUUUAUCGAUUCUGUGAGUUUUGCUACAGCGUAUGUACAAUUAUCGACCUUAUUUCGGUUCCAAAUACUCCGAGCUUCAACAUGUGAUUGUUAUUUCAGUUGGAGAUCGAAUUUACAAUUUAUUGUUACCGUAUACUUUGGAUAAUGAUCUAACAAACAUUGUAUAUAUAAUAAAUAGGGUCAAAAUC